CUCGGAUUUAGCUUUGCUCCUUCCUAAGUAGGGAACACUUGGAAAAUUUUGGAGAGGUUUGUCACGGCUCGGCUUGGCACACAGCCUUGGAAGUGUUGCUAUGGAGCAGUCAUCUCCUGCGGAGCAGCAGUCGAACGCUCAGGAUCAGAGUCCGGCGAGGCCAGAAGAUGCCGGCCAUCCGUGGGCGGUGACGGAGUCGCUGCGUCUGCGCCGAUUCCUCUGCUACGGCUCUGAGAGCGCCACCUACAGCACGAGGGAGCGCGCGCUGGGGCUGGAGAGCGCGCUGGCCCUGAUGGAGCUGGUGCAGGCCGGCCGGGGCCAGGAGGUGGUGGAGGAGGUGAAGCGUCUGAGCCUGGAGGGUAAAACGGUGCGGCCGAACCCCGCGCUGUUCGCGCUGGCCAUCUGCACGCAGUACUCGGACGCCCCGGCCAAGCAGGCGGCCUUCCGCGCCCUGCAGGAGCUGUGCAAAGCCCCCGGGCAGCUCUUCACCUUUAUUCAGUACAAGAAAGAGCUGAAGGACGGCCUGCGCUGCGGCAUGUGGGGGCGUGGCCUGCGCAGGGCCGUCUCUGAUUGGUACAACGGCCAGGAUGCCCUCAGCCUCGCGCAUACGGUCACCAGGUGCAAGCACAGGGCCGGCUGGUCCCACCAGGACCUCUUCAGACUGUCACACAUGAAGCCGGCCAACGACUCUAUUGAGCUGAUUAGCAAAUACCUGACGAAGGGCUGGAAGGUGGUCCAGGAGACGUACGCGGAGAAGGAGAACUCGGAGGAGCUUCUGAAGGUGUUCACGUACCUGGAGGCCGUGGAGAAGGCCAAGCACUCGACUGAUGAGCAGGAAGUGGUUCACCUGAUAGAGGAGCACAGGCUGGAGAGGGAGCAGAUACUGACCAACCAUCUGAAGUCCAAAGAGGUGUGGAAAGCUUUGCUGAAGGAGAUGCCAGUGGCUGCUCUGAUGAGGCACUUGGGUAAAAUGACUGCAGAUAAGGUUCUGGUGCCGGGCAGUCCGGAGGUCGUGGCUGUUUGUGAGAGGAUUCAGGAUGACCAAGCUCUGACCAAGGCUAAAACGCACCCCUUCAGCGUCCUGGUCGCCUCUGAAAACUACAAGCAAGGUCACGGGAAGCGAGGCAAGCGAAAAUGGGAGCCGAACAGAGACAUCGUUCACGCGCUGGACAGUGCCUUCUGCAAAAGUCUCUCAAACGUGGAACCCACGGGGAAGCGGUUUGUGGUGGGAGUGGAUGUGAGCGCGUCUCUCAGCAGUCUGGCUCUCGGAAGCUCCGUCAGCACCAUCGCCGUAGCUGCAGCGAUGAGCAUGGUCAUUGCGCGCAGUGAGCCGGAAGCUGAAGUGUUGAUCUUCUCUGAAGGAGCCAUGGUUCCCUGCGUCAUCUCAGACGACACGUCUCUGAUCCAAGUGACAGCACAGCUGGUGCAGGUGCUCAGUGGUGGUACGGACUGCGCUCUGCCCAUAGAGUGGGCAUCAGAGAACGACAAGACCGUGGAUGUCUUCAUCAUAUUCACCAGUAAUGAAACACAGUUUGGAAGCACGGAUCCUGCAGAAGCGCUGAGGACAUACAGACAAAAAACUGGUGUGUUUUCCAAGCUGAUUGUGUGCGGAAUGGCGACCAAUGGCCUCUCCAUCGCUGAUCCGGACGACCGAGGCAUGCUGGACAUCUGUGGGUUUGACUCUCGGGCCGUUGACGUCAUCCGUAACUUUGUGCUGGACGUCAUUUGAGAGCUGUGCACUGUGGGAAAUGUAGUUUUUCAUGGACUGAACCUGCCCUGGUGACAACACGUUCCUAAUGGGCAAAAAACAACAAUAACAAUAACAACAAAAAAAAAAAAAAA